AUGUCCGCCUCGCCACAGCCCACCCAGUCCGCUAAGCGGCCCCUGGACGAGUCCUCUUCGCCCUCUCGCAACGACCAGCCCGAGGCCAAGAGGCUCGCUCUCGACAAGGUUGUCAAGGACGCCCAAGAGGAGGUUGAGGCUCCCGCUCCCGAAGACAGCCACAAUGCCGACGACACUGCCGGCUCCGCCACCCCCACUCCCGCCCCCGAGUCCAACGGCACCAAGGUGAAGGGAGACAAGUCGGAGGGUCAGGAUGCCCAGGGUGACACAGUUGUCCCCGAUGCUCCCCAGAGCAAGGCAACCAAGGACCACGGUGCUCGCAGCCGCGCUCAGCCCCCUGUCUCUGCUCAACCUCACGAUGAGACUGCUUGGAUCCAUGUUCGAUCCGUUAUUUCCAGCCCGGAGGCCGCCACCAUCAUUGGAAAGGGCGGCGAGAAUGUUUCCAAGAUCAGAGAAAUGUCCAACGCCAAGUGCACCGUCAGUGAUUACCAGAAGGGCGCCGUUGAACGUAUUCUCACUGUUAGCGGUGUCGUUGAUGCGGUCGCAAAGGCAUUCGGUCUUAUUAUCCGUACGCUGAACAAUGAGCCUCUUGCUGAGCCUUCCAACACCCACUCCAAGACCUAUCCCCUGCGUCUCUUGAUUCCCCACGUCUUGAUCGGCUCUAUUAUUGGCAAGGGCGGUGCGCGCAUCAAGGAGAUUCAGGAGGCUUCCGGAGCCCGCCUCAAUGCUUCCGACUCGUGCCUGCCCCUUUCCACGGAACGGUCGUUGGUUGUCAUGGGCGUGGCCGAUGCUGUUCACAUUGCUACUUACUACGUUGGUAGCACUCUUCUCGAGCAGCUCAACGAGCGUUUCGGUGGUCCCGCCGCCUCAGCGUAUGCCACCCGCAGCGGAGGUCCCGCUGCUUCUAUUCCUGGCGGCCUGCAGGUCGUCCCCUACGUUCCUCAGCCCGCUGGCGGCAACUUUGGCAACCGCGAUUACUACCAGCGCAACCGUGGCCCCGACCCCAGGUCUCACCACGGCAUGCCGCCCAGCCAGUACCCUGCGCCAUAUGGUGCACCUCAUCCGGCCCAGCCCAACCCUGCCGUCCCGAUGCACUACGGUGCCCACGCCGCCGGUGGUUACGGUGCCGCUGCCCCCCACGUUGCGCCCCAUGUCGGCCACGCCGGCCCGGCUCCCCAUGCUGCCGGCCCUCAUGGCGCCCCUGUUGCCGGCGCUGCCCUCACCCAGCAGAUCUACAUCCCCAACGAUAUGGUCGGCGCCAUCAUUGGCAAGGGUGGACAGAAGAUCAACGAAAUCAGGCAGAUCUCUGGCAGUGUGAUCAAGAUUAAUGAACCGCAGGACAACAGCAAUGAGCGACUCGUCACCAUCACCGGUACAGAGGAGUGCAACCGCAUGGCGCUCUACCUACUCUACCAGCGUCUGGGUGAGCUUCAGAACAACGGCCGUGACUCUCAGCAACCCAAUCACUAA